AUGGCGAGGUGUGUACGUAUGAAGGCUGAUGUUGCGUACACCGAUUUGAAAAGAUUGAUAUGCAACGAGUUCUCUGUAGAUGAACAACACUCGAAUGCACAACUAAGCUACUGGGUUAAAGGUGUUAUGGACGUCAUGGUCGGUGGAACCAUGCCACCGGUGUACAUUGAAUCGGAAAAAGCAUUGAAACAUUCUUGUCCCUGCGGAAUGGAAAUGAAAGUGUCAAUUUGUUUGUCACAUUCUCUGUUAAGGACCACGUCCACGAGAAGAGUGGAUGUGAAACGAUGA